ACCAUCGUCUGCCCCCGCGGUGUUGGUGCCGGUGACCGUGAGGUCCCCAGCGCCGCGGGCAGCGCCUCCGCCGCGGAUAGUGGUGUCCCCACCGCGCAGGGCCAUGGGGGACGAUAAGCGCGAUACUGGACUGCGAGAAACUCUGGAGGACAGGGACCCUAACAGCUUGAAUCAACAUGUGCAAAUAGUAUGGGACGACAUAAUCGGUGAGCCGGAGGGCGCGCGCAGUCCAGAGUGUGCGUGGCGCGUAAGUCGCGCGUGUUUUGCGCGCGCGCGGGACUCAUGCUACACCCUGCUGGCCGUGCUCGCCGCUCCACCUUGCGCACUGCUACUCGGCUGUGGAUUCGCUUGCCUCGCAUUUGAGCAAAUCUGGUGCUCGACGCCGUGCCUGAGAUGUGUGAAGAUCUAUUUAGCGUCACUCCGGAAUGUGGUGCAAGCGUGCAUGGCGGCGACAGUGGCGCCCGCCAUGGACGCGCUCGGACAUGUCUGCCGCCACAUACGUAUCAACUACAGGCAGGACGCGACUGAAGAUAGAGACUUACUUGUUAUUUAAUUUUCAUUUACAUUUAAUAAAUCGAUAA